AUUUUAUAGUGUGAUUUAUCAUUUACACUUUGUAGUAAUCUGCAUUACGAAUUGCAAAAUACGAGACAAGGAAACAACACGUGUGUUUGGCUUUAAAAUUUUGACCAAACGUUUGGUAUACAGACAAAUUUCAUAUCAAAAAUAUUUUGACGGGUUUUCCUAACCUCACAAGUCCGGCAUUAUUUUAUUGUAGUUAAUUACGUAUUUAUUAAAUAUCAGUAGUAUUAUGUCUGAAGCUUUCAAAAACUCGUAUUUUUACAGUUUACCCUAUGAAGUUCUCACUUAUAUUUUAAGCAAAAUUAAUACUGUAACAUUGUUAAAUUUUUGUGAGAUUUAUGAGUGUGAUUACUUUUUGGAAGACAGGGACGUUGUCAGGUCUAUCGACUUGUAUAAAGCUUAUACUUUACCGGACUUGGUCGAACUAUCUAAAAAAAUCGUCUUUGAGAAUGUGACGUCACUAAAUGUCAAUUGUUUGUAUUGGGUGUCUGCGACAAAAUUGCGCCGAUUUGUUGCCAAGCUUGUCAAUUUGGAGACUUUGUACGCUAUGCAGACUAAUCUAAGCCUCACGUCUACCGAUACUGAAGUUUUUAGCAAAUCAAAGAUUAAAAAAUUGGCUGUUUCUGUGAACCGAAACGAUGCACUUGGAACUCACAAAAUCGCAACUAUCGAGACCCUAUAUCUCAGUGUUAUCAAAGUAACGACUUUGAUAAGUCCACUGGUGUUAGAUAUGAUUUUCCCCGGGCUUAAAAAUUUCUGGAUUGAUGUCGAGGAGCCCUGUGGCCGCGAAAUAAUCCUCCACUGUCUCAACGCUGGCAAUAAAAAUAAGAUUUUUUGUCAAGUAAAGGCCCCAACUCCGUCCAUUAACUUUGACCAUUAUUGGUUAUCGACUUAUUAUAAUAAUAGGAGAGCGAGUCAACCUUAUGUCAUGUGCUGUGAAAAAUUCACUGCGAAACAACUCCGGUCGAAGAGUAUUUUUGAAAUUGAGCGAAGUUCGGAGGAAAGUUGGCGGAUUCUAGAUGAAUUACACUGUUCAAAGCCUUACGGGCCUGAAGAUGCACGUCGAUUAUUUUUGAAUGAAAGCAACGUCGAUACGAUGUUUUUUGAAGAACUUAAUUUCUACCACAAUGGCCCCAUUUGCAACGAUAGGUGCAGAAAUGCAGUGUCACAAAUCUUAAAGUCUUCCUGUAGCUCCAAGCUUAAGAAAUUGUGCGUCAUGAUGUGUUUAUUUGAAAAUAAAGAUGCCCAAGAGGCGGUCAAAAUUGAAGACUCUAAUAGACUCACACGGAAGAGAAUUGGGAUAAUGAAUAAAGGUGUAAAUCACCCAAUGGAAGAUGUUUUUAAAAAUUUUCAAGGAUUGCAACACUUGGAAGUUUUCGCGUGUAAUCAAACAUCCCAUUAUAGUGCCAUACAAGCAUAUCCCCUAAUUACAAUUUUUGAAAAUUUAGAGUGUCUAAAAGUCGAAAUUCCGGUUACUCUGGAUGGCAGUUUUCUAAUAGAUGUUUUACAAAACUGUAAACACUUGAAACGCCUCUUAAUCACAUCAUUGUCGCAACACGAAAAAUUAAAUAUGAAUCUGGCCUUAGCUAUUCCACACGCGACAUCUUUAAGAGAUUUCAGAUUUCAGAAUCACAGAAUUCCGUUAGACAAACUCCUCCAACGUCUGUCUCUCAUUAACACACAAAAACUGGAACGAAUUGUUUUAAUUUGUGAUGAGAUUGAUAAAAUCACUCUACCCUCUUUACAGGAAUUCCUCGACACUCACCCUCAAUUAAUAUUUUUGUAUUUCUUGAUCCGGGGAAGUACAGAAGCGGUGAUUCGAACGGCCCAGCAACUGUUAAAUCAUUACAAGAAGAAACACCCUUCGAAAUUUUUUCUUGUUAAGAGAAUUGAUGUUUUCAAUAAAAUUGGUUUCCCGAUACCUAAUGUUCAUUUCUGUGAAAUGGUGAAAAACGACAACCAUGUUGCCAGUUUGAAUGCCUUAGAUAGUUUUGUAACGUUUUGAUUUGUUUUGUUAAUUGUAAUAAAAGUUGUUACAG